AUGGCCAGAGACGGUAUUGUACCCCCUUUAGGUGCAGACCAUCAGCUCGACGGCGACGUGACGGCCCUAAAGAGAACUCUUGGCAACAUACGGCUCCGUCAUCAUGAGACAGGCAAAAUAAUCUUGAUCCCAACGCCCUCAUCUGAUCCAAACGAUCCAUUGAACUGGCCGCAAUGGUACAAAUACUACAUUGCAACGGUGGUCUGCAUUGCCAUGAUGAUGUGCAAUUUCCUUUCUGCCGGCCCGAGCAUUGCCAUAGUCAACAUGACUAUGGAGUUCUUCCCGGGUGCCGACCCUCAGGCAGACCCCCAGCUCUUCAGCACGUCUGUAGCCAAGGUGGCCUACUUCUUCUCGACACUCGCCCUUCUGCAGGGCGUUGGGAACUUCUUCUGGAUUCCCAUUGCAAACAAGUACGGACGACGGUCGACAUACGUCUUCAGCUACGUGAUCUACUUUGCUACGGCUCUUUGGCUCAAUUUUGAGCACUCGUACGGAGCGUUUCUCGCCGGCCGCAUCAUCAUGGGCUUUGGAGCGGGUGCUGCUGAGACAGUUGCGCCUAUUACCAUCGCUGAUAUAUUCUUCCUCCAUGAGCGAGGCACCGUGAUGGCAUUUUAUACGUCUUUCCUGGCAAUCGGCGCCUCAUUGGGCAUAAUAAUCUCUGGCCUGAUUACUCUCAAUCACCACUGGCGUGUCAUCUUCCAGGUUUCCGCCGCCUUGAUUGGCCUCGUCCUCCUACUCAUCUUUUUCACUCUCCCAGAGACGGCCUACAUUCGGGUGCCACCACAAGCAAGCGACGAUGAAUCCUCGCCAUCGUCAACCGAGAAAGUCGGUGCUUCUGUCACCGUCACCGAGCGCCCCUUCCACCCCCUUUCGGCACGAACGACCUACCUUGAAUCACUGAAGCUAUUUCCGGACAAGGCUCUCACAACCGAAAGCCUUCUCAAACUCGUCAUCCGCCCCGUCGGCUUGAUCUGCCUUCCCCCGGUGCUGUGGGCGGCUCUCGUCGAGGCCGGCACAAUCGGCUUCCUUGUCGCCGUGGGCUCCAACGUGGAUGUCGCCUUUGCCACCACCUAUCAGUUCAAGUCCUGGCAGACGGCGCUGUGCUUCGUCGCGGCCGUCGUCGGCUCGGUGGCGGGCAUCCCCGCCGGCGGUCAGCUCGGGGACAAGGUGGCCGAUUGGCUCACCCGACGCAACGGCGGCGUUCGUGAUCCAGAGAUGCGCUUGCCGGCGAUGAUACCGAGCCUGAUUGCCGCACCUCUGUCGCUUAUUUUGUUCGGUGUGGGGAUUGAACAUAAACUGCAUUGGAUCUGUCCAACCAUUGGGAUCGGGCUACUAAUGUUUGCCAUUGUUCAAGGCACAAACGUUGCGCUUGUCUACGUCAUCGACGCAUACCGGCCCGUCGCGGGCGAGGUUACGCUCGCCGUUAUGGGCUUCAAAUCGCUCUUUGGCUUCCUCUUUUCCUUUUACACCAACACAUGGGUCACCGAGUCGGGCUACCAAACCGCUUAUGGCAUCAUGGCAGCCAUCUCAGCCAGCGUGCUCUUGUUAUGGAUCCCCCUUUAUUUUUGGGGUAAGAAGAUCCGUCGCGAUACUUGGCAGUGGCCCGUAGUCUCAUAUAUUCACUGGAGCGACGAUCGUGAGGUCGGCGAGUAA